AUGGUUGUGGGCCUGAUUUUGAAGGCGGGCGUUGUCUACGCAGUGGUGAUGGCCACCAGGAACUACGGUGUGUGGGAGUCCCCGGACAGGACACAAGAAGUGUACGAGGAAACGGUGGAGCGCAUCGAACCCUACGCCGAUCGGGCGCGACGCAAGCUGAAUAUGUGCCCGCCCAGGCCGCCGCCGGAGGGCGAGUGGACCUUCUUUGGCAUCCACUACUACAACAAGUUCGUGAAGUCAGUCUUCGAUGUUCUGAGUGUGUUUCCCGCUGGACUGGCUGCGUUCCUAGAGAAGGCCCCGGGCUAUGUGACCGCCUUUAUCGACAGCAUCAAGAAACUCAUCAAGGAGAGCAAGUCCAAGAAGAAGGAAAUAAAGAUAUGCAAGGAACGACUGGACGAGACGCCCCUUGUCAGACCACCAGGACUGGUGCCGCCGCACUGCAAGGACAAGAACUGCCCAAAGGCUCCCCUGAUUCCACCUGGCUGCAAUCGCAACAGGGAUAGCUUCAUCUACGAGCCGCGGAUGCCCAAGAAGCCAGCCUGCGAGUGCUCGAAGUGCAAGCAACGCCAGGCGGAAAACUGGAAGGACAACAAACGCAAGUGCCCCAGACUCCCAGACAACGAAAGGAAGUGCAGGUGCGGUGAACAGCCCCACUCAGAACUUCGAUCAGAACCCAUUAAAUCUUGCAAACAGUGCCGAAAGCCACCUAGAGACACAAGUGCUUAGAAACCCCCCAAAAAUGUAUCUCCUCACCCCGUUAGCCAAAUUUUGGUUUCCCAACCUGCACAUUAAAAUUUUGGUUUACUUAA